GAUCAUUGUUUGACAAUUCUAAAUCUUUAGCAUGACGUUUACCUGGAAAGUUUCGAUUUUAUUUGUGGCCUUGGUGGUGUUUGGUGGUGCUGGUGAUGAGACCUCCGCCACUGUGGUCAUAUCACCGAGAUCUUUGGGUUUGACCGUCGUUUUGGGUGAGAAACAAUACUAUGUGGGUGUGUCGCAAAAGGUGAACUGGUUCCAAGCCAAUUAUAUUUGUGCCGCCCGUGGAAUGUCACUGACUGCUAUCGAAUCUGAGGCGGAGAAUGAAAAUUUAGGCAAUUAUUUGUUUGCAAAUUACAUAGACAACGCUGGCUUUUGGAUAUCAGGCUCUGACCUGGCUGCCCAUCGACAAUACACCUGGCUGUCAAGUGGUGCAAAUUUCAACUACACCCAAUGGACCAAAGGUCAACCACCCACCAACGCCAACAAUCGCAAUCAUUGUGUCUCGACAAAUAACAAAUUUGAAUGGACAUCGAGCAGUUGUACCUCGGAACAGUUUUUCAUCUGUUCCCGAGCCACCGAACCCGCCUGUGGUGCUAAGGGUUCUUGCCGUUAUACCUAUAAUCAAUUUUAAAAGAAUCCAACAUUUUUUUGAGAAAUAAAAUUCUUAAUUUGGAAAAAUUAAUAAAAUAAAA